CGUACAUAUACGAAGCUCGUUUUUUUGACAUGCAGAUGAUUCAGUGCCAUAAAGCUGUUCUCAAUGUUAGCUGGAUUUAAAGCGCCAUUAAUACGGAUAUAGAAAAGCCUUGUAACUAUUUGGAUUGUUGCAGAGCUCAGACUGCAGCUCUUGAGCCAUGUCUGUGUGCUCAGCCUUACUGACCCGCCGUGUAGCUGGAGGCGGCUGCAGGGCUUUGUGUGGUGUUUCUCCACCACUCGUCCACAUCAGAUCAGCCAGUGUAGCUGAGCCAGGCACCAGAGGGUCUGAUGAAGAGCAACUGUGGGAGGCAGCUGGGAACCUGCCAUUCUCCAGAGCCAAGAUCGGAUCUUUCUUUCAGGAAAGGCCAGUGCUGAAGAACCCAUUUCUAGAGGACGCCUUGCUCAGAGGAUACCUGAGGAGACACCUGCCCCAGGAGACAGACCUCUCAGACUUGUGUGCGUUUGGAGAGCGAGUAGCAAAUGAGGUGGAUGAGUGGGGCCGAGAGUGUGAGGUUACCCCUCCACGGUUGGUGCACUUUGACCCCUGGGGUCGCAGAGUGGACCACAUUGUGACCUCCCCGGCCUGGAAACGCAUGAAAGACCUGUCGGCACAGGAGGGACUGGUAGCUAUUGGCUAUGAGAGGUCAUUUGGGGAGUGGAGUCGUGUGUACCAAAUGAGCAAGUUGUACAUCUUCUCUCCCUCCUCUGGUCUCUACACCUGUCCUCUGGCUAUGACUGAUGGAGCUGCUAAAGUCAUCCAGUCUAUAGGUGUUUCGUGGCCAGUAGCUGAAGCCUACAGUCGUUUAACCAGCCGUCAGCCUGAACGUUUCUGGACGUCUGGACAGUGGAUGACAGAAAGACAGGGAGGAUCUGACGUGGCUAGUGGUACAGAGACAGUGGCUGUUCCCCAGACAGACGGUUCAUACAAACUGCACGGCUUCAAAUGGUUCACUUCUGCUACAGACGCAGAUAUGACUCUCACACUGGCCAGAGUGCAGGACGGAAAAGGAGCAACCACACCGGGCAGCAGAGGUUUGUCUUUGUUCUAUGCAGAGGUGAGUAGAGAUGAGGAAGGCCGGCUAAAGGGUAUUGAAGUUCAGAGACUGAAGGACAAGCUGGGCACAAGACAGAUGCCGACUGCUGAGUUAUUGCUGGAUGGUCUGCCGGCUUACAGACUGUCAGAGGAAGGGAGAGGUGUGGCCUCCAUUGCUAACAUGCUGACUAUAACGCGGAUCCACAACAGCGUCUCUGCAGUAGCCGCAAUGAGAAGGGUGGUCCAGUUAGCUCGUGACUAUGCCACCCGCCGCACUGCCUUUGGAAAGCUUCUUAAAGACCACCCGUUGCACAUGCAGACUCUCGCUAGGAUGGAGGUGGAGACUCGCGGGGCGUUCCUUCUGGUGAUGGAUGUCUGUCGUCUGUUGGGCCGAGAGGAAAGCGGCAUGGCGAGCCAGCUUGAUGCACACCUGCUACGUCUGCUCACUCCUGUGGUCAAACUUUACACUGGGAAGCAGGCAGUGGCUGUGGUGUCAGAGGGUUUGGAAAGCUUCGGCGGACAGGGUUACAUCGAGGACACCGGGUUGCCUGGUCUGCUUCGUGAUGCACAGGUGUUGAGUAUAUGGGAAGGUACCACAAAUGUUCUGUCUCUGGACGUGCUGCGCUGUGUGGCUCGUAGCUCAGGAAUGGUUCUUCACUCCUACUUCACCCACACCAAGUCCCUGCUUGCAGGUGCAUCAAGUGUUUCUUCAUUGGCCCCGGCAGUGAAAGCAGUAGAUGGUGCUCUCUCUGAACUGGAGGACUUUGUUCAGGUAGCAGCUACAAGAGGACACGGCUACCUGGAACUAGCAGCCAGAGACCUGGCAUACAGCCUGGCCCGCAUCUACAUGGGUGCCCUCCUCAUUGACCAUGCAUGUUGGAAAGGAGCCUCUUCAUCAGACACCUAUGCAGCUCUCAGAUGGUGUGAACAGGAUUUGUGUCCCGUGGCGACUCAAAAGGCGAGAGGCUGCUAUGAUCUCAGCACUUCAUCACUUGACGCUGCGCUUGUGUAUGAGUGGCCGAUCCAAGACUAAAUGUUCACUGAUAAUAGAUGAAUCUGUCACGUGAUCUGCGAUUUCUGUGCCUCAAUCAAAACUCAAUUCUGUCGCAGAUUCAGUUACUGUAUCCUACUUUUUUACCCUGCAGUGGAACUGAAAAUGAAGUUUCUAAUUCAGUGUAGUUCUGACUAUGUGAUGCGUUUAUGUCUUUUUGGUAUUUUUGUUAUUUACUUCUGUAUAAUAAAGUAAUUGCAAAAAAUAUAGAAUUUAUGUAAAUGUACCCUUUUAUGUGAUUUUUUUAGGCCUAGAUGCCAGUAAAAUGAGAACUGGAUAAAUAAAAAAUGAAAAUACAGGUUUCUGAUAUUCACAGUGAAGACUGAGCCGAACCGCAAAUCUCAUAAUAACCAUGCAGUGUUUAAAUAAUUCAGGUAGGCAGCACAUUUCAAUUGAUCAUGUUGGACUAUUUCAUAUAUGUAAAAGUGAGAUAAUAUAUUUUAAACAAAUGUUUUUUCAAACAAAUGUUAUUCUCAUAAUAUUGAGCAGCACAUCUUCACACUUAACAUGCCUGACAGAUGAUUUUGUAGCCUACUAUCCACUAACUAUCAAUAAAAUACAGUGAAAGAUAA